CAGGGGAGGGGCGGGGCCGCCGCGGGCCUUUCCGGGCUGUCCCGCGGGUGCUCGUCGCUCUCUCUCGGGCUCUCUCGGGCUUUCCCUCUGCUGUUUGGCGGCCCGUCCAUCCCGACGCCGCUCACGCGCCGCCGCCCUUUCGGCUCCCAGCGAAAUCGCCCUUGACCUUCGACCAACGCAGCUGUCUCCGACAUCACUCGAGAGCGUACAUUCAUUCCGUCUUUGUGAAGCUAAAAGAGGGGACGGGUGCCCGCCAACUCGGCCCGAAGAUGAUCGGGACGAUGGGCGGCAACGCCCAGAUUGCCAACCUGUUCGGGGAGACUCCUCGGGCGCCCUGCCUGGCGGGCGGGCGCCGGGGAAACCCGCCGCCGCCCUGGGGCGGCGCGGCACCGCGCUCUGGCUCGGCCUCAUCGUGUGCUACCAGAUCGUGGCUCACAUCUUCAUGGGCAAGACCCUCAGCAGCAUCGCUGCCGAAGAGGCGGAGGAGGAGCUCUGCGAGGCGACUGGCAUCGGGGCUUCCUCGGAGCAGUGCGCCGAACACAACAUGUUCAGGAACUGGCAGGCGAAUGCAGCUGCCGACGAGCUGCUGGACGUGGAGAGUCUGUUGCGGGCGAGCGAGCCUCCCCCGCCGCCGCUCCAUGGAGGCGGCGAGCUUGGCGAGGCGCCGGCGGGCGCCGAGCCAGCCGCGUCGCCCGCGGGCGCCGCCGCGGGCGGGGACGCCGCGGGCGCUGUGCAGCCGCCGGUAAUGCAGGAGGUGGCGCACGCCAUGUGCGAGAUGUGCCUGGAGCCGCACCACCGCGACAGCGAGAAGUGUGCCAGCUUCAAGGGUGUUACUUCGUGCGGCGAGGCCCACGAGGAGGGCAAGCUGACCGAGUGGGCGACGGGCGUCGAAGAGCUUCAGGCGGACCUGCGCCGCAAGGUGGAGGAGAGCAAGGCGCACCACGCGCAGCUCGAGCGGCUGCACCCAUCGCGAACGGUCGCCUGGCCAUGAUGGCCAUCAUCGGCAUGUUCUUCCAGGACGGUCUGACUGGCUCCGCCUGGGGCGAUUGGGCGCUCUACACGGGAUCCCCUCUGCGCGCGUUCGAGAGCGAGCUUGGCGUUCAGGACCCGGUGGGCUUCUGGGACCCUGCUGGGUUCACGGCGGAUGGUAGCACGGCGAACUUCGCCAGGAGGCGCCAGACAGAGCUGAAGCACGGCCGCGUGAGCAUGCUGGCGACCAUGGGCUACAUCACGCCCGAAAUCACCGGCAAGCUGCCAGGCUACCUGUCGCCUUCGGCUGGCCUGAAGUUCGCGGACAUCCCGAACGGGCUCGGCGCGAUCUCCAAGGUUCCCGCAGCGGGCUGGGCGCAGAUCGUGGCGUACGGCGCGUUCUGCGAGCUGUCCCAGGACCAGUCCGCUGGCACCGCUGCCGCGGCCGGCGACUUCGGCUUCAAGGUGCUUACGUCCAGCGACCCCGCGGAGAAGCAGAAGAAGCUUGCGGCGGAGAUCGCGAACGGUCGCCUUGCCAUGAUGGCCAUCGUCGGCAUGUUCUUCCAG